CGCUUAACCCCAGCCAUGGCACUGCUCGUCCCCUCCGCUUCUUCCGCUUCCGGGCCCGCCUAGCCCGCCAUAUUAGGUUCCGAGCCCGCCCCUCCGUCUCAUUGGCCUGUAUCCAGGCCGACUCCCAGCUCAUUGGUCCAGCCCUAGCACCCAAGCCAUUCAGGCCCAGUCUCGGGCCUUCUGCGCCCAACGUUAGGCCCCGCCUUCUCUAGGCUCCACCCUCAUUCCUACCCUACUAAGCCACGCCCCUAGCCCAUACAAUGCUCCUAGGCCUGGUUGGGCUCACCUUUCCAGCUGGUACGCCGCACCUACCCGGCAUGGCCCCGCCCCUUUGCUCCAGGCUCCGCCCAUUUCACCCGAGGCGCCCCGGUCUCCUAUUUGUGCAGGACCUGAUCUCCCUCUAGACUUUAGACCCCACCCACCCACCCAACUCGGGAGUCCUACUAGGCCCUGUCCCCUUCUUAAGCCCCGCCCAAGCCUUUCUAGGUCCCGCCCACAGUCCUAGCCCUUAGCAUCCCUUCUCCCCAAGGCUCCACCCCAACCACCCGAGCCUGGUCCUUGCAGACUCCACCCCCGCACCUCAAGCCAUGCUCGCUGUCACUGUCGCGCCCAGGUAUUUACCUAGCACUUAGGUGAGUCGUGCGCGGUGGCGGUUUCGGUCUGAGCCGCCUGCCUCUUCUCUCGGUGCGUUCCGCAAGCCCCGAAGGCACGGAGGGGCCCCAGACCAAAGGCGGCGGGCUCCCCAGCCCGGAUCCCGCCUCGCAGCUGCUAUCCGCGCCCCCCACCCAUACCCCAGACGGCAAAGCGGUCGUCCCAGGAGAAGGCGACAUGCCCGAGCUGGUGGUGACGGCGCUGCUGGCGCCGUCGCGCCUCACCCUGAAGCUGCUUCGUGCCUUCAUGUGGAGCCUCGUGUUCUCAGCGGCGCUGGUGACCGCAGCUGUCUACGGCUGCAUCGCCCUCACGCACGUGCUGUGCCGGCCCCGACGCGGCUGCUGCGGGCGUCCCCGUCACACCCCACCCGCCUGCUUGAGCGACCCCACGCUGGGCGAGCACUGCUUCCUGACUCUCAGGGUUCUCCUGGCGCUACCAGCUUCGGGAGUUCCAGAGCUGCUUCCAUGUGGUGGCCGUGGACCUGCGGGGAUACGGCUCCUCCGAUGCACCAAGGGAUGUGGACUGUUACACCAUCGACCUGCUGAUGGCAGACAUCCAGGAUGUCAUUCUGGGCCUGGGUGGGGAUGUGCCCCCAUACCAGCCCCGGCCUCCUUCACCCCUGCCUCAACCUCCACCUUGCAUCUCACUCACACUAGUUCCUCUGACCCCCCAGGUUACUCCAAGUGCAUCCUCGUGGCCCAUGACUGGGGUGCACUCAUAGCCUGGAAUUUCUCCAUCUACUACCCAUCCCUGGUGGAACGGAUGGUAGUGGUCAGCGCUGCCCCCAUGUCAGUGUACCAAGACUACUCUUUGCGCCACAUAGGCCAGUUCUUCCGUUCCAACUACGUGUUCCUGUUCCAGCUUCCCUGGCUGCCCGAGAAGUUGCUGUCCAUGUCUGACUUCCAGAUUCUGAAGACCACCCUCACCCACCACAAGAGGGGAAUCCCACACUUGACCCCCAACGAGCUCGAGGCCUUCCUUUAUGACUUUUCACAGCCUGGUGGCCUCACUGGGCCCCUCAACUACUACCGAAACAUCUUCAGGACCUUCCCCCUGGAGCCCCAGGAGCUGGCCACGCCCACACUGCUGCUGUGGGGGGAGAAGGACCCCUAUUUUGAGCAGGGGCUGGUGGGGGCCAUCAGCAACCGUUUUGUGCCAGGCCGGCUGGAAGCCCACAUCCUGCCCGGCGUGGGGCACUGGAUCCCCCAGAGCAACCCUGAGGAAAUGCACCAGUACAUGUGGGCCUUCUUGCAAGACCUGCUGGACUAGUGGCCCUUGCUCACUGGCUUGCGUGCACCUGGGAGUUCUCACAAUGUAUUUACACGGGUGGACUUCUGAUGCAUACAGACAUGUAACUCCUAGAUUGCACACAAGUGUGUCUGUGGGUGCCCUCAGGCACACCACCUGCAUAUGCUCACACACAGGCAUGAGUGUAGGCAUGUGUGAGCAAGCCCUUUGACCCCAGGAACCAGGUAUGCCUCUCUGUGGAGCUAGAUGCGGAGUGUUCUACCUCUCUCCUCCAUGAGGCCCCACUCUUGUUGCCAAAGGCAGUACCCAGAGUUACACAAACCAUGAACUCUGUCCUUUCUGUCCCUGGCUUCCACCUAAAUUUUCAGCUAAAUUUUGCUCUGUCCAAUACGGUACUUGUAGCCACAUCUGGUUAAUUCAAUUUAAAUGCAAAUUAAUUAAAAUUAAAUACAGUGAAAAUUUCAGUUCCUCA